AUGACAUCGGUAGACAUUGACGCACUGCCAGCACAGUUCAAGCAAGCCGUCGAGGCGAUUCGCGCUGCGGUUCCGGCUGAGCUGGCUAACCCCAAGUGGGGUAUCAUCUGCGGCUCUGGGCUGUCCGGGCUGGCUUCAUCGCUGGAAUCCGCGGUGCAUGUGCCGUACACCUCGAUCCCGGGAUUCGCAGAGAGCACGGUUGAGGGCCACAAGUCGUCGCUGGCGUUCGGGUACAUUUCUUCCUCGUCCUCCGGUGGGGCUCGCGUGCCUGUGGUGGCAUGCCUUGGGCGCUUCCACACGUACGAAGGGCAUACGGCGGCGAGCUGUGUGUUCCCCACACGCGUCAUGAAGCUGCUGGGCAUCUCGGCGCUCAUUGUGACCAACGCUGCCGGAGGGUUGAACGACUCGUUUGAGGUGGGGACCAUCAUGGCGAUUCACGACCAUCUGUCGCUGCCGACGCUGACCAGCAUGAACCCUCUCAUCGGCGCCAACCUGUCCGCACUCGGCCCGCGCUUCCCGCCGCUCUCGAAUGCGUACGACUUGGAGCUUCGCCUCGCGCUCUACCGCGCCGCCCAGAAGCUCGGCCUGUCGGACUCCCUCGCGAGCGGCACAUAUGCCUAUGUGCUGGGCCCCUCGUACGAGUCCCGUGCCGACGCCCGCUUCCUCAAGACCGUAGGCGCAGACGCCGUCGGCAUGAGCACCGUCCCCGAAGCCAUCGCCGCCGCCCACGCCGGACUCAAAGUUCUCGCCAUCUCCCUCAUCACCAACAAGGUCGUCCUCAAACCCUACUUCGACUUCAAAGCCGCCCUCGCCGCCGAGGCCCAAGGCGGCGAAAAGGUCGAGGCACUCGUCCAAACCACGCUCAACCAGGAUUCCGCCGAGGCCGCCAACCACGAGGAAGUGCUCGAAGCCGGCGCAGCUAGAGCUCAGGACAUGAAGGCCCUCGUCGCCGAGAUCAUCUGCUCCACAAACGUUUAG